AUGUCCGCACUCAUCGAAAAAUUGACGACUGAAGGUGGUGGAGAGUCUGCCGGCUUCCUAAACGAUAUCGUCGCACAGCUAUGGCCCAACAUCGAGGUUGCCGGCAGCAAAAUGAUUAAGGACAUCGUCGAACCCAUGUUUAAAACCAUGCUCCCUGGUCCGCUGGCGACCCUACAUUUCACCAAGAUUGAGCUUGGCGCCACACCAAUCGUCUUUUCUGAUGUCAAGGUUACAAAGACCGCUCACGAUGGUAUUAAGCUCGAUUUGAAUGUAAAUUGGAAUGGCCGGUGUGACAUUGAAUUGGAUGGAAAUAUGAUGCCCAAAGUUGGAGUUAAAGAGGUUUUAUUAAACGGCAGACUCUCCAUCCUACUGUGUCCUCUUACGAAUAUUAUUCCAUUAAUUGGUGCCACUCAAAUAUCCUUCAUAAACCCACCCGAACUCAAAUUAAAUUUCACAGGCGCCGCUAACAUCGCUGACCUGUCCCUCAUUGACGACGCCGUUCGCAAGGUGUUAAUUGGCAUAAUUAACAGUGUGGUCGUUUUGCCCAACCGUAUCAUGGUCAAACUUGACGCAAAUAAUGAUUAUUUCAAGACGUACCAUCAACCAUUAGGAAUCGUUCGAAUCACCGCAGAAAAAGCAUGGGGAUUUGCGGAGGAGUCACAGUCCAAGACGAAGAAGUUAUUUUCUAAGUUGACAAGGGCGAGUCCGGAUUGCUAUGCUGAGAUUGAAGUUGGCGCCGAAGCACCAUGGAGGACGACGACUAAGGAUAAUACUACAACUCCGGCAUGGGGCGAGACACAUGAUUUCGUGGUAUCAGAUUUUGAUCAACGCAUCAAAGUCGUUGUAUCCGAUCACGACCUGAAUUCUGAUGAUGAGGUCGGUGUAGCUGUUACCACAGUCAGGGAGAUGCUUGUGGCUGGUGGUAAGCAAGAGCUCGCAAUGUUGCAUCAGGGGUCGGAGAGCGACAGUAAAGUCGCGCUAUCAUGCGAGUUCUUCCAAUUCACUUCUGAGGAUAGCAAUAGCUUCUCGGCAUCUAAUCAUAGUGGUGAUGGUCUCAUGUGCGGAAUCCUCAAUGUACUUGUCGCAGGUGCUUUCGACAUCAAAGGCCAGCGAGAAACUUUAAAACCAAGUGUAGUUGUGAGGUGGGGAAGUAAACAACGUUUCCAGACAGCUGUACAGACAGAUGCACCCGGUACAGACAUUAACAAUCCGACCUUUGAUCAGCACUUCCGAAUUCCAGUCACUGCCACAGAUAUAACCGAUGGAAAUUUGCGGAUUGUAUGUAUGAAUGGAGAGUCGGAAGUUGGUGCUGUGGAAAUACCUUUUGAGGAUCUACAAGGGGCUCCGGAUAUGACACUACAGGAUAAUUUUGAUAUUGGUGAUGGAGCGAGGGUACGGGCUAGCAUAUCGUUGAGGGGAGUAAAGCCUGCGUCUAUGUAGGGAAUAUCAUUUGUUUAGUGUUGAAGGUAGUCUUCGUUUGAAUGAAACUAUGCAUCACUGUAUGGACACUGAUCAUUAGGAUCUAGUGAAUAGCUUCAAUUCAUUAGCUACUGUAUUGAAGUCUUUAGCGAAUGUGGGAUACAGUAGCCUCAAGCGAAAGCAGAAGAGACUAGCUCUUGUAGCGUCUAUAUAAGACCUACAAUCUCCUGUACUUAGCUAGCUCUUUAGAUAGAAUACAAUAUAGACAUUUAGGACCUACGAAUACUGUGGGUGCUACG